GGACUCCACUCGACUCCUCUCAGGCCCGGGCUCUUCCUCUCGUUUUGGUGGCUUCCUUGCUCCGAAAAAAGUCCUCUUUUUCAUCAAAGUCCAUAAGCUCCCAAUCUCCUCUCUUCCCCAACGCGAUUGCAAGGUGGUUCGCAAUCGCUUCUCUUGUUUUUCUUACACCCCCAGAUACCAGUUAAUAAUGUUCAGAAACGCCCUCCGCCAGUCGACCCGCGCAGUCGGCGCCGUCUCUGCCUCCGGCAGGGUCGCUGCCCGCAAUGCCGCUCCCGCCUUUGCCUCGAGGCAGGCUCGCACCUACGCCGACAAGGCUUCGCCGACCGAGGUCUCUUCGAUUCUCGAGCAAAGGAUCCGCGGUGUCCAGGAGGAGGCUGGCCUCGCCGAGACUGGCCGUGUGCUGUCCGUCGGUGAUGGUAUCGCCCGUGUGCACGGUAUGGCCAACGUCCAGGCCGAGGAGCUUGUCGAGUUCGCUUCCGGUGUCAAGGGAAUGUGCAUGAACCUCGAGGCCGGCCAGGUCGGUGUCGUGCUUUUCGGUUCUGACCGUCUUGUCAAGGAGGGCGAGACUGUCAAGCGUACCGGAGAGAUUGUUGAUAUCCCCGUUGGCCCCGAGAUGCUUGGUCGUGUCGUCGACGCCCUCGGUAACCCCAUCGACGGCAAGGGACCCAUCAACACCAAGGAGAGGAGCCGUGCUCAGCUCAAGGCCCCCGGCAUUCUGCCCCGUCAGUCCGUCAACCAGCCCGUGCAGACUGGUCUUAAGUCUGUCGACGCCAUGGUGCCCAUCGGCCGUGGUCAGCGUGAGCUGAUCAUUGGUGACCGUCAGACCGGCAAGACUGCCGUCGCUCUGGACGCCAUGCUGAACCAGAAGAGGUGGAACAACUCCAACGAUGAGACCAAGAAGCUUUACUGUGUCUACGUCGCCGUUGGCCAGAAGCGUUCCACUGUUGCCCAGCUCGUCAAGACGCUUGAGGAGAACGAUGCCAUGCGUUAUUCGGUGGUUGUCGCUGCGACCGCCUCUGAGGCCGCUCCUCUGCAGUAUCUUGCUCCUUUCACUGGUGCAUCGAUCGGGGAAUGGUUCCGUGACAAUGGAAAGCACUCUCUCGUCAUCUUCGACGAUCUGUCCAAGCAGGCCGUUGCUUACCGUCAAAUGUCUCUGCUGCUCCGUCGUCCCCCGGGACGUGAGGCUUACCCCGGUGACGUUUUCUACCUGCACUCGCGUCUGCUCGAGCGUGCCGCAAAGAUGAAUAAUCGUACGCACGGAGGAGGAUCGAUGACUGCUCUGCCGAUCAUUGAGACCCAGGGUGGUGAUGUGUCCGCUUACAUUCCCACCAACGUGAUUUCCAUCACCGACGGUCAGAUCUUCUUGGAGGCCGAGCUUUUCUACAAGGGUAUCCGCCCUGCCAUCAACGUCGGUCUGUCCGUGUCUCGUGUCGGUUCCGCUGCCCAGCUCAAGGCCAUGAAGCAGGUCGCUGGUUCGCUCAAGCUCUUCUUGGCUCAGUACCGUGAGGUCGCUGCUUUCGCCCAGUUCGGUUCCGACUUGGACGCUGCCACCAAGCAGACCCUGAACCGUGGUGAACGCUUGACCGAGCUCCUGAAGCAGAAGCAGUACUCGCCUAUGGCCGUUAACGAGAUGGUUCCCCUGAUCUUCGCUGGUGUCAACGGUUUCCUCGACAACGUCCCCGUCGCCAAGAUCCUGCAAUGGGAGGCUGACUUCCUGUCCCACCUCAAGACCAACGAGUCUGACCUGCUUGCCACCAUCGAGAAGGAGGGUGCCAUCAGCAAGGACCUUGAGGCCAGGUUGAGGGAUGUUGUCGGUUCUUUCACCAAGAGCUUCAUCGCCUAAAUAUCGGGUGUGUCACAUACACAAAAGCAUUUUCCAAACGGCGUAGGACAGAUGCGGGUGGAUGUUUAUACCUGAGAUUUGUGUUUUCAUCUACUAGAACGGCAGGAGAGGCUCUUCUUUUACCUUGUGUGUCGAGGGACCGGGAGAAACAGGCGAGAGUGAUGCCAAAAACUUCUCCAGUGUGUUCAUUGUAAAAAUAGAGUCGAAACUCAAUCAAGCACUCGAAUUCCUUUUGUCUUAAUAUUGACUCUUCUGUAUGUUCGUCUUGUCUUGGCUGUAUAAUUCGCAGAAACUUAAUCGUCUCAACG